CACUUCUCUGUUACGUGAAGACACAACGCCGCUGUGGCGACGAGCGAGUGUCACUGCCGUUCACUCGCUUCCUCACUCACUCGAAGCUUCCCGCACGCUCCCGCUCCGCUCGCGAGAAGCCAGCGGGCGUCGGACUUAAGAUCUGCCUCCAGCGUGACCCUCCGCCACUCUCUUCGUAACAACCCUCCACCCUUCGCCGCAUCACCACGCCCUUCUAGUACAUCUCCGCCACCUCGAGUAUCGUCUGAAUCUGAGUAACUCCUUCUCCCAUCGAACAUGUCCUGAGCGUACAACACCAGGGCGACAUCUGUGUCACUCGUUCCCACCAUGGCUGCCUCGCAGGGCCUCGCGAGGCUGCGAGAGCAGACGAUGAACAGCGUUGAAGAUGAGGAAGCCGUCACUGUCAACACUCGCGCCCUGAUCGAUAAAGUACUGGCACGUUAUUCGGGCGAGUGGACUACGCUCCGAGAGCUCAUCCAGAACGCCGCCGACGCCCAAGCACGAAAGGUCACGAUACGAUUCGAAACGUUGCCUUCAGCGACAGUGCCACUGCCACAAUCAGCCGACCCUGCUCAGCAUCUGCAACACACUAUUUUGCACCACACCCUAAAGACGUUGGUGGUUUCCAACGAUGGCGAGCAUUUCAAAGAGACGGACUGGCAGCGCCUGAAGCGCAUCGCCGAGGGCAAUCCGGAUGAGACCAAGAUUGGCGCGUUCGGAGUGGGUUUCUAUUCAGUCUUUGCUGAUUGCGAAUCUCCAUUCGUGAGCUCCGGCAAUCAGUCCAUGGCGUUCUACUGGAAGAAAGACUCCCUGUUCACACGCAGAGGCAAGCUGGCGGAUGGCGAUGUGCAAGGUACUACCUUCUUGUUAGACUACCGUAGCCAAACGACGCCCGUGCCGCAGCUCCUGAGCAUCUGUCAGUUUCUAGCCACGAGUCUUACAUUUGUUGGCUUGGAAUGCAUUGAACUAUACCUGGACCAAUGGAAUUUGCUCACCCUGAACAAGAAGAUGGCGCCAGCUGCGAACAUCAAGAUCCCCAAUGACGUCAAUCCUCAGACGAGAGACGGCCUCAUGAAGAUCACGGACGUGGAGUAUCAAAAUGCGCAAAUCGAUGCGCGAUGGAUGAACGUGGUGGGCUGGAACCGGCGCACACAGACUGCCGCUCCGUUGGCUACACAGCAGCAGACAGAUGCUGGUUCUAGUCUGAGAUCUUUCUUUGGCAGGCUUACUGGAGGGGCGACUGCUUCAGCAAGCACUCGGAAAGCACAAAAGGAGGAAGAUGCGCUGCAGCAGGCCAUACUGGAAGAUUUAGCUGGAUACAGCACAGCGACCGUUUUCCUUCGCAUCAGCACUGUCAGUAUUCAAACCAACGUCAGUCGACAACUCUCUGCAGAGCUUGAGCGUGCAACCAAGAAGCCUCCUCCGAAACGCACGCGAAUAUCAAUACUGACAUCUUCGUACGACGAAUCCACGGCCUCAAUGAGCACCACAUCUGGCGGGAGUGCUUCGAAAGCUACGGAAAUAUUCUCUUCGGUACUUCCGACGAAGAACGGAAAGAUAUUUAUCGGGUUCCCCACGGCACAGACAACCGGCUUACUUGCACACAUUUCUGCUCCCUCGGUGAUACCGACAGUGGAACGAGAGAGCAUUGAUUUGAACGCACGAUAUGUGCGAGACUGGAACGUGGAAAUGCUUCGGGUGGCGGGCAUCGCGUGUCGCAUAGCAUAUACAGGCGACAUGGCUGAGCUGCGUGCCAAAAUUGAGAGAAAUAUGGCCGUCGCUGGCCGCAAAAAGGUGGCUUGGGCUGAUAUCUCGGAGGUCAUGCCAUCUGCAGUUCACACCUAUAAGCAGUACAACUUUCAAGAAUCAACACCGUCUCUGAAGGUUGGACAAUACAUCGAAGAAGCCUUCUGGACAUGCAACCAGAAAUCCAGUAUCGAUGUGCUGUCAACGCGUGGUGUCCUGCCGAGCCAACAAGUACGUGUUGCCACGGAAGACUUGAGCUUUGUGGAGGGGAUUCCGGUGAUUCCGGAUGAAUUAAUGGCCAAAGCGAACGAAUUUCUGACGAAGUUGCGAGAUUAUGGACUUCUUUCCGACAUCACUACUGGGGAUAUCAAGAAGGAGUUGGAAGCACAGGCGCUCACCGAAAAGCAGCUCACGGAGCUCAUCAAAUGGGCGUGUACCAAAGUUUCCAGGCAGGAAAUGGAUGCAGACGCUGUACAGAUGCUAUUCGAUGGCACGGUCGCGACGUUCGGCGAGGAGAUGAUCAGCAUGUCUGGCAGCCCAGUGCUGCAACUCGGCCAGGUCAACACUUUCGUCAACAGUGCGAAGAUACCCGUCGAUCUACCAACUCCUCCACAAACCAUUCCCUUCCGAUUCACGAAGGGGCUAGCACCUUCACAGCUUCAAUCGAUUGGCUGGGAUGAGCUUCAGCUCGUACCAUGGCUACGUUGGAUCAUUGAAAGCGAUGGCAGAGGAUUCGGAGCCAACGGCAGCCCGACAUCAAAUCCAGCUGUGGCUUCGCAAAUCCUUCCCGUCGUAUCGAAAGGCUGGGAUGCACUUUCACAGUCAUCAAAGCAGAGCGUGCAAGAACUCUUGAUUCCUCGCACAGUUAUACCCACGAAGCUCGGCAUGCGUAGACCUCCUCAGGCCUAUUUUGGAAGCGUCAAGCUUUUCGACAACCUGCCCACCAUCACUGGUUUACAGGGAGUGAAAGAGAAGUUUCUCAACGCGCUUGGUGUGCGGAAAACGGUCGAGCUGAAUGUAGUAUUUGAGCGGCUGAUGGCGAAAUCGACCACCGGCGCAGCAGAUGAAGCGAAAUGGAGCCACGUCGAUCUGAUCAAAUAUCUUGUUUCGGUCAAAGACGACAUCCCCGCAGAAGACAUGAAACGCUUGCAGCAGACGCCUACAUGUCCCGCAGAGUCACGCAGUGGCGAUCAGAGUGACAAGGGCAGACUGUACCGUCUCUCUGAGCUCUUCGAGCCGGAUGACAAGAUUCGGCGCCUGGCUCUUCCGGUGCUGCAAUGGCCAGGGCAGUAUCGACCAUCGACUGCGGAGGGUAGAUUCCUGAGGUCGCUCGGCCUGCAACCGUACCCGGCAGUCCCUGAACUUGUCAACAUUCUUUCGAAGGCCAUCGUAGGCAGCGAUUUGCAGAAGCAUACUCUCGACUACUGGAUUGUCAAUGCAUUUCAGUAUGGGUACCACAAAUUUGCCGUCGCGGAGAUACAAACAGCUUUCCUGCCUGUUGAGGCACUCCCUGGCGAGAAACCAAAUAUGGUCGGACGACCAUCGCAGCUGUAUGCCAACCCAAAAGCAUCGAUUCUCGGGUUCCGCAUCUUGCGUCAAGAUCUGCAACAGCACCAUGCUCUCUUUGGCGUUGCAUUGGAUCCUCCAAUCGAGAAGUGUGCUGACAAGCUGAUUAAGACUCCUCCCUCAAACGCUUCACAGGCCCAAGUCCUCUUCGGAUACUUUGCGGGUAGGCUCACUGAGAUCGGUCCUAAUGGCGAUCUCGCCGAGAGGUUGAGCAAUGCGCCGAUAGUCCCUACCUCAGAUCUUAGGCGUGGAGACAAGGUUGCACAGACAAAAUUCGUUGCGCCUCGGUCAUGCUAUCUAGGUGAUGGACAGCAGACGUUCGGCGACAUUUUCGACUACGUCGACUUUGGUCACGAAGCCAAUACGUUUCUGCUUCGGAUUGGUACCAAACACGAACCAAAUGCGUUCGAAUUGGGUGGGAUGCUUGUUCGACAACCGGGCAGGCUUCUCGACACUCUUGGCACGGAAAAGUACGCCAGCCUACUUCGCAAGAUUGCCGAGAGUGCGACUAGCCUUAAAAAGGACAAGGCAUUAUGGAUGGGCCUCAAAAGCUCGUCUUGUCUUCUAGCUGACAAGCUGGUACGCUCUACCAAGACAUACGACGAUGAGAAAGAAGAGCUCGACGAGGAAGAAGCCACUUUCAAGGAGGUUCAUCUGGCCAAAGCUGCGGAAAUUGUGAUUGUGGACGACAUCACCGUGUACAGGAUCUUCCAAAGCAAUCUUCUUGCUGCACCGCAAGAGGAGGUCUUGGAGACUUUCUACAGCUCCCUCGAGACACCUUUGCUGAGCAGACUCGUCGAGACCGAUCAGCGUAUGGGCGCGCCUCUGCGUGACCAGACACCAGGAGGGAAGUUGCAGAAACUACUCGUUGAACGUUGCCGCUUGUUCUUGCACGAUCAUCCCUCGGACGUGAUCAGACAUGAUGCAAAGUGGCUUGAAUCAAAUAUGACUGUCAAGGUGACCGAAUUCCUGCAAGUGACGCGACGACUGAAGGGUUUCCGUGGGCUGCAGCACACUGAGAAGAAAACUGCAGCGCUGCAUCAAGANAGAUGCGACGCUGUUCGUCACGGCUCGGCCUGAUCUCUACGAAGUCAGUCGUGCAGUCGGGCCAUUACUCCUAAAGCGGCCAAGACAGCAAGACUUUCUUGCAUUGGAAACAAUAUUGGAAAGCGAUCUUCGUAGAUUGAAGAUAAAGGGCUACAAUGUGGAUCGUAUAUUGCGACAAAAGGCCGCAGAAUCACGAAUCGCCGAAUCCGAGAAGCAAAAGCGCGAAGAGGAGCGUCGUCGGGUCGCGGAGGCUGAAUCGCAACAUGAACCGUCACAGCAGCUCGAGAUGCCACAACAAGCGCCAGCUGCUAAGAGCACGACGAUGACCCACAGAGAUAUCCAGCCGGAAUCACCGGACAGAACAUUGUCCAUGCCGGGCUCAUUCCAUGACCCGCUCGAACGACCACGCUCCUCCGGGAUGGGCAAGAAAUCCGGCGGUCUCUUCAGCAACAUACAGAAAGCACUUGGUCUAAACGCCGACAAGAUUCGAAACGAUCCUCCAGGUACGGAGGUCGCGACCUCGUCUCGCGAUGUUCAGGAGAAUUUGCAAAGAGCCAUCAAUUCCACCAGGGGAUAUGAUUCUUCCACCCUGUUCAACCCGCCACAGACCAACGAUGUCAAAGAGACCACCUCCUAUUGUGAUAGCAGACCUGGUCAUAACCUCCAGUAUACUGCCGAGCUCAACAAUGGCAUCAAGCUCUACCUCGAUCGUUCCCACUCAGACCCUAAUACAUUCCUGCAAACCUACCGAGAAGCGAUCGCCGUUUUCGUAUCCAUCCUCUCAGAAUUGGCAACGAUCUUUCAAGUGUCCCCUCAAGCUAUUCAUGUCUAUCAUGAUUUGACUGGAUCGGCAAUUGCUUUCAACAGUAAUGGUUCGAUCUUCUGCAACCUGAGAUACUUUAUGCAAUUGCACAUGGCAGGUAUGGGCAGUCCACACGGCAGAGUGGAAGCCUUAGCCUACUGGUACAUGACGCUAUGCCACGAGCUGGCGCACAAUCUCGUCAGCAAUCACGAUUCAAACCAUAGUUACUACACUGAAAGCUUUGCGGCACAUUACUUUCAACGCAUGCUGGGAUUGGCAGGGAGUGUACUGGCACAACAGAAUUAGGAGCUCUCUAUGGCUGAGGACGAAAGUGAUACAAUAGACGAAUUAGCAGCAGGGCCCGCGCCCUCAGUUUCAGGCAGUACGAAGAGGAGAGAUCGCAUCCGCACUUGGGCCUCCACGAGAAGGACCGCGAUUACUCGACGUCUUGGUCCAGCAGCUCCAUUCCGAAGGAGGAACUCGAGUGCAGUCUCUGUCAGCGGCUUUCGGUUGUAAUAUAAUGCAUUAGGAAUGGGGUUGGGCAUCAGCAUUUGCGGUCAUCGCAGCUCAGAUCUGUAUAGAAGAACGCGUUUCGACAUUGAUACCCUUGAAUAUGAUAUAGAAUAGAUGAGGCACGA